CAUUCUGAAUCAGAUUACCCACAGACGUUAUCAAUCAGUAUAGAGUCGACGAGAUUGAAAUGUAGACUUAUCAAUAAUUAUAAGUUUAGACACACAGACACUUUCUGCAUUCAGGUCGCAAAUCUACUUGUAUUAUGCUUCUGAAUCCAGUCUCAUUGGUGAUCCUAACCGCCUCGAUCCUCCACAAUGGUAUCAAUGUCGUUCUAUGCGACUCCGCUUACAAAGAAAUGCUGGACCGCCAAGUGCUUCAUUUCGUCGACAAAUCGAAUCUGCUGGUAGAAUUCUUCAAGCAGGAAGAAUGGCCGUACUUUUUUGUCACAUGUCCUGGUCGUUUUGGUAAAACCACCAAUCUCGAUAUGAUCGAACUGUUCGCUCAGAUCGAAGUAGACGAGAAUGGCAAAGAGAAACCAUGGAAUGAGACCGAAGCUUAUAAUAUUUUCAGCCAGAUGAACAUCGCCCAGCAUAACGACGUAUUCAUCAAGCACCUGGCUCGAUAUCCGGUCAUCAGAUUGGAUUUGAAAUUCGACAGUAUUGAUAAUCAAACCGACGAGCAAAUGAUGGUACACAUUCGUGAUAAUUUGAAACAAACGUUUGAAAAAUAUCGCUGGUUGCUGGAUAAAGCAUUGGCUCCGGUUAAUGAAUCAGAUCCGACUCGUUAUCAGCUUCGAAACGAGUAUGUGGCUUUUUUGAAAAAAGGUCUAGAUGGCACUUUGAUGAGACCCGAUAUCCAACAGAGUUUUUAUCGUUUGGCCAGGAUCUUGUUCGAAUACUUCGAUCAGCGUAAGGUCAUCAUACUGGUCGACAACUACGAUAGCGCUGCUGUCCACAGUUUAUCCACCCAUCAGUCUCAUACGGCCAUAUUUUACGAAUGGAUACACGAAUUUUUCACGAAUGGCUUCAAACAUGGUCAGAAAUACAUCCAGUACGGUUUAAUCACCGGUACAUGCAGCGUCAGCUUUUACUCGGCUGUUCGAGAAGAUAUAGAUAACAUCUGGCAUCAUCCGUUUCUGGAGGGUCAUGCUUUCGAUGGCUUUUGCGGUUUCUUGGAGGACGAGGUGACUCAAGUAUUUGACAAGUAUCAAUGCGAAGAGCAAGAACGAACCGAUGUCAGGAAGUAUUACAACGGGUACUUUACGAUUAGCGGUAAAUACAUCUACGAUCCUCAUUCCUUCACUAGGUACUUCCAAUCGAUGAACCGUGAACUGAAAAAUUACUGGCCGAGGUAUGCGAGAGGCGAACACAUGAUCGAAAAGUUUCUCAAUUUUUACGGAGAGUUCGAUCUUUUGAAGAAAUCGUUGGAUGGAGUACAAACCAACGUCACGAUUUGGGGAUCGUAUGAUUCGGACGCCCUGGCUGUAUUUGGUUUCCUUAGAGGACUCGAGUAUAAACAGUAUUUUUACGAUGAAGACGACUGUCUGAGGAAAUUGUUCACUUUUACAUUGGAGAAUGGGUAUUUGUCUUAUGGACCGAAACAAAGAUGGUUCACGACACCCAAUGAGCAAACUCGUCAGACGGUUUCCGAAUUACUGGAUGCGUUUGUUGAACAGGAAGGUAUGCCUAGUACUCAUUUACCAUGUUCGUAUACUCUGGAUAUGAGUUUUUACCCGUUCAAUCGAUGAGAUCUGUAAAUCAUCUUUGCUCGUGCCCAAAGAAAACACAUUGUUGUUAUUUCGAGAAAUUAUACUGUGUAGCUCUUUUUUGUAAUUAGGUAUUUUGAAGUCGUUCAAAUUAUAAAUGUACAUAAAUAGACAUAAACUAUUGUUAUAGUAAAGUAAUUUUACAAAUUGUUUGUGAAAUCUGCAAUGAGUCAUCAAACAAGAGCUUUCUGAGAAAUUAUUUAAGAAAGAGGUAUUACAAGAUGUACAUUAAUAGGUGUAUUGAACAGAGGUAGUCUAAGUCCACCUAUGAUAGUACUAUUCCAUAAAAUGCAAAAAGUAACUCACUUAUAAUUAUGUACUAGCUACGCCUGUCGCCUAUGGAUAUUAUUUCAGAAACUCACCUGAAACAAAUAAACAAAAUGAUCCAUUA